CUUUCUUGUCCAGAUUCACAUUCACUCCAGAUUCUUGUCCAAACAUAUGGCCUUCCUUCUGCCAUCUCACCAUUUCCCACUAUUUCAAUUUUCCUCUCCAAACUACCACUAUUUUUUUCCUCCAUUACAUUCUACAUACCGCCAUACCGCCAAAAUAUCUCAAAUUUUGAUUAAUUUCUUCUGGCCCCUCCUUUUUUUGCCUGCAGCUACUACUAUUAUACAUUCUUUCUUGAAACGAUUCUGAGAUUCGGUAAUGGCCCAGUUAUUGCCGCCAGUUUGCACAGAUACACUCAAAUUUCAUAACCCUUUAAGCAGUUUGUGCCCAAGAAACAGAUGUCCCACAACAGGCAAGAAUAAUGUGAGAUGGAGCAGCUAUGGAGGAGGAAGGAAAGGGAUUGGCAGAAUCAGGGUUGCAUCUCAGGAAGCUGCAUCGUCCGAGGAUGUUGCAGAUGAUUAUUAUGCUGUUUUGGGUCUGCUUCCAGAUGCAACCCCGGAGCAAAUAAAGAAAGCCUAUUAUAAUUGCAUGAAAUCUUGCCAUCCAGAUUUGAGUGGUGAUGAUCCGGAGACGACAAAUUUCUGCAUGUUCAUAAACGAGGUUUACGCUAUUCUCAGUGAUCCUGUCCAGAGAAUGGUUUAUGAUGAAAUUCAUGGAUAUGCUCUCACUGCAAUCAAUCCGUUUUUCGAUGAUUCCAGCUCAAAGGAUCAUGUCUUCGUGGAUGAGUUUAGCUGCAUAGGUUGCAAGAAUUGUGCCAAUGUUUGCUCGUCAGUUUUUGCUAUCGAAGAAGAUUUUGGAAGAGCCAGAGCUUAUAACCAACCUGGGAUGCUUGACUCAGUUCAGCAAGCAGUGGAGAGCUGCCCAGUCGAUUGUAUUCAUUGGACUUCUGCUGCUCAGUUAUCACUGCUAGAAGACGAAAUGCGAAGAGUAGAAAGAGUAAAUGUCGCUUUGAUGCUCUCGGGCAUGGGCUCAGGAGCUGCAGAUGUCUUUCGGAUGGCGAGCGUUAGAUGGGAAAAGAGGCAAGCUAAAGUAUUGGCACAAGCUAAAGUGAGGAUGAUGAAGCAGAAAGAUUCUGGUCAAACUCCGACGUAUUGGGACAACCUCUGGGGCAAAACGAAAUCAACGAAAUCCUACGAAAGUAAUGAGGAAGAAGUGAAAGAGAGGGCCGCACGAGCUGCUGCAGCUGCUCGUAGAUGGAGAGAGUAUUCUAGGAGAGGCGCGGAUAAACCUCCGACGUUCAAGCUUCCAGAGGCCAUCUCGAACAAGGAGUAGUAGCAGUAAGCAUUAUUCUCGACCGCCCUCGUAUAUAUAUACGUAUAUGUAAAUGCUAGGCAUGACCGAUUGAUCAUUCAUUCGUGCAUCGUAAGCAGAAAUGCCAGAAAUGUAUAUAUAACCUUGUUAUACACAAUUUGACAUUUUUGGAAAUACAUCAUAUUGUUAGUA